AUGGAUGACGAGCAACACCAGUUUUAUGAACUCACAAUGCGCCAGGAGCCCAAGCAGGCCCGCAUGUGUGGUGUAGGCGGUAAAGCUGAUCGCCGACCUAUUGAUCCUCCUCCCAUCGUCCAACUUCGUGUGAUCGACCCCUCAUCGCGUCGCCCUCAAUCCUCCUCCUCGCGCGCGAGCUCUCCGGACUCUUCCGCUCCACCCUCUGCCCAGAGCUUCCUACAAAAUCCGUACUACUUCAUGUUCGCGAGCCUGGCGAAACCGGACGAAGAUGUCGAGUUGCAUUGGCUCAAGGACGGCAAGACUCGGUGUACGACCGGUUCCGUCGUUUCGUCGCUAUACCAUCUCAAGGAUAGCGAGAACCAGAACAGCGACGCCGGGUUCUUCGUUUUCCCGGACUUGAGCGUGAGGACGGAAGGUAGCUACCGACUGAAGCUCAGCCUGUACGAGGUGGUUGGCAACAAUGUCUACCAUUGCAAGUCUAUCUUCUCCGCUCCGUUCUAUGUGUAUACUGCUAAGAAGUUCCCUGGAAUGGAAGAAUCGACACCUCUAUCGUGCUCGCUCGCCGAUCAGGGCAUCAAAAUCCGCAUCCGAAAGGAUAUCCGCCAGCGGAAGCGACCGGUGCCGACCAUGGAUGCCCCUGUUCCCAUCCCGAUGGGACCGGUACCCAUUCCUCACGGUGCUUUCGGCCCAGUUCCCGUCCCAUUGGACGACGAGGACGAGGACGAGCAGGAGAAGGAACAGCGCGAGCGUGAGCAGCGCGAGAGAGACCGUGAGAGGGAUCGAGAUCGCGACCGCGAUCGCGAGAGAGAGAGGAGGGAGUCCGCCGGGAGUGUCGCCGGCCCGAGCGCGGCAGGGAGUCUCAGCAGGAGAGAAAGCCAGGAAGGGCGAGGGACGAAGAGGUCCAGGCCGGACGAUUCGGGAGUCGACGAAGCAAGCCCUUCCAACACGAAUGUAGGUUGGAGCACGCUCGAUCCCGCGUUAACCCCGCAACAUCCUUCCGCUCCUGCCCCGAGUGCCGCCUCUGCACCUCCCCAUGUUCCUGCGCCAGUCGAGCACUCGCAUUACGCACCUGCACCCCCGCACCCCGCGCCCUCUCCAUACGACCAUCGCUACCCUCCUCCCUCUGCUCCGGCUCCAGCUCCCCCCUACCACUACGAUCCGCACUCGCAUGCCGCCCCUCCCGCUCCUGCCCACCAUUAUGGGCAACAGCCUCACCACUACUCCAUUCCCCCACCUCCCCCUCACUCAGUUCAGCAACAUCCUCACCAUCCGCCCCCACCGCCUCCCACGCAGUACCAGUACAGUCCACCAGCCGCUGCGCCGGCGCCUGGUCCCGCACCAGCGCAGACAUGGGGGCCGCCGCCAACAGCCGCACCUGCGUAUGAUCCCUACGGGCAUCACUCGCAUCAUUACGCGCCGCCUCCGCCCCCCGCUCAUCAUCAGCCUCCUCCGCCGCCUACCGCGGCGUCCCGCUAUGACUAUAGCGGAUACGCGCCGCCGCCUCCCCCCAGCCAACAACCGCAGCAACAGAGCGGGUACGCGAGCUAUUACGAGCCGCACCACCACCAAUCGCAUCACCACGCACCUGCCCCCCCUCCGCCCGCGCCGGUGGCAUCUGCACCGCCACAGGGUCACGCUCACCACAGCGUUCAUGCUUCGCACCAUCCUGCGUACGCGCCUCAGCCUCCUUCGCCCCCGUCCGCGACCUCUCAGCCGGCUUACGGCGGCGAGUACGGCACUCAAAGCACGGGCGCGAGCGCCUCUGGGUAUGCCCGAGGAUACGCCACGGGACCCCCGAUGCCGCAGUACCCGUACGGCAGCCCGACCGCGCAGCCGCCCUCGCAAGGGUCGCGCACGCACCACUCGCCACACGCAAGUGCCCCUCCUGCGCCUGCGCCCGCACAUGGCGGGCACUCGCACUAUCAGCUGAGCCCGCCCUCGCACCACCACACGUCGCAAGGAUACAGCGGCUAUCCGCUCCCGCCUCCUCCGGGCAACGGCGCGGCUGGGGCGCCCUCGUCGGGUGAGGGGUCGUGGAGCGGGGCUGGGUACGCUCCCCCGCCGCCGGGUGCCCCUGCGUAUGGGAGCGUCGCCCCGGAGUAUAGCGGGUACCCGGGAGCGGCCGCUGCCCAAGGGAGCUCUAAUGGGGGCCUCGGGAGGAUCCAGCUGGCGCCGCUGAGGGUUGCGUCGUCUCCCCCUGGCUCAAACGCAGGCGCGGGUGGGGCGGGAGAGAGGAUGGGUGGACCGGGCAUGGGGAAGAAGAACCCGUUGAGCAUCGGGAAUAUCAUCACGGAGGACUCGGCGUAGGUCUGAGUUUAGGUGAUCCAGUUGCAGGGGAAGAAGAGAAGCAGGGCGAGGACGUGCGGGGGAAUGGAAGUCGCUGC